ACGGUUGUUUGAUUUGUUUUGUCCCGCGUUGAUGCACAGUCACAGUGUUUGCCAUUGUUAUGCGUGACUCAAGCGAGUGCGAGCGUAUAUUGUAUCCAGUUCUCUCGCGUUCGCGUUACACACACUUUUAUUGUAGCUGAAAGGUGUGCUCGUUUGUUCCCCGUGUAGGCUCCCGUGCGAUACAUAUUUGUGUGGUGUUAUGGUGUUGUGCAGCCAAAAAUUCGAAUCUGCCGCCACCUUUUCGGCUCGGCCAAGUUUACAUGCCUCCGAAAGCAUAGAUCUGUGUUGAGUGAGAGCAGCGCAGUGCGUGUGGCUUAGCCAAGUAGCUUAAUAUUGCAUUAUUUGCUACGUUCAGUGAUAGAUGUUAAUGCAGUGAUCAGUUUGGUGCAUUAUGAAGUUAAACACUUCAUCGAAAAGUGUACGUCGUUAACCUCACGGUUAAUUAGUGCUGAAUUUAAAUACAAAAAGUUGGAUUAAUUAGGAUUGAUACCGAAAGGGAGUUUCCCUCAGAGGCCUGGUGAAGCGAGGAUUAUUUGGCUCUACGGGCGAUUCACACCAAUACAGACAGAUCGCUGGCCUGAUCGGCACCGCAUCAUCAUGGCCGACCAGCGGCGGUGUCCGACGACCUGGUCGGGUGUGCUAUCGCUGUUACUGCUAUACGUCGGGUUGUUUUCCCUGACCGCCGCACAAGCACAGCAGACCAACCCAACUGAUCAAACCCGCUACAACCCGCUGGACCCAUUCAACCGACAGCGCUUCAACCCUCAGGCUACCUCAGGCAACGUACAACCUCAAGGAGGCACCGCGCCAUCCAACUUCCCUGUAGAUCCCCGGAAUCCCAACUACAACCGUGACUACUACGGAACGGGAAAUGUUGACACGAACAGUAUUGACAAUCGGUUCGAUGCGAACCGGGAACGGGACCGAGACCGGGAUCGCAAUGUACAGUUUCAAAGCAGCACGCCGCGUGAUUUCAACAUUAAUCGGUUUCCCACGACAACUCGACCACGUACCAGUUUCAAUUCUGGUGCCAGUAGAAACUCGUUCCUGGACAUGGUAUCCAACGUACUGAAUAAAGAAAUCACCUACUUUGUGGUAGCUUCCCGAAUGGUUCGCCCUGGCCAAAUCUACAAGGUAUCGGUAACACUACUAGAAACGCAGCAUCCGCUCACAGUUCGGGCUAGUAUUUCCCGAGAUGGCGUUGAGCUUAGCAGCGAGUUGAAAUCGGUACGCGUUGGAACACCGGAAACGUUACUGAUGCGAGUUCCACCGACGAGUGUUGUUGGCGAUUACAAACUACGAGUGGAAGGAUCGUACGAGAACACAUUCGGCGGAUAUGUGUUUGUGAAUGAAACGAAACUGACGUUUUCACAACGAUCGAUGACCAUUUUCGUACAGAUGGACAAGCCGGUUUACAUGCAGGGUGAAAUGGUUCGAUUCCGAACGAUUCCAAUCACUACCGAGCUGAAAGGAUUUGACAAUGCUGUUGAUGUUUACAUGCUGGAUCCGACCGGGCACAUAAUGCGACGUUGGUUAUCCCGCCAGUCCAAUCUCGGAUCGGUAAGUUUGGAGUAUAAAUUGUCCGAUCAACCCAUCUUCGGUGAGUGGAAAAUUCGAGUUAUCGCUCAAGGUCAGACCGAGGAGGCGACCUUUACCGUUGAGGAAUACUAUCAAACACGUUUUGAAGUAAAUGUUACAAUGCCCGCUUUCUUCUUCCAAACCGAUCCGUUCAUCUACGGUAAAAUUAUGGCGAAUUUCACCAAUGGAACUCCCGUCAGAGGAAAUCUGACACUGAAAGCCACGAUUAGACCAAUUGGGUGGAUGAAUCCGAAGGCAAUCAACCACAUGAGCCGUGUUUGGAAUACGGGAAAUCGCAGGGAGCUGGAUCCGAAUGUGCCCUACUAUUUGCAAAACAGCGAUCCCGAUUUGUAUAAUGCACAGACCUCGUACACCAGUCAGCUGGGGCAGGACAGUCAGACCUACGAUCAGAGAUAUCAACAAAAUCCCACUUUCCAAGAUUCGUAUGUUGUCGAAAGACACUACAACUUUGACGAAGAGUGGCCAUUUUGGUUGAAGAAGCCCGUCGAUACGGAUGCACAGUGGGAUUCUUGGACGAAUACAUACCGAGAAAGUCUUCCCUAUCUGCGAUACUUCAAUGGAACGUACAACUUCCGCUAUCCGAUGUCUGAACUAGCUCAACUGUUUCCGAGCAAUAUGGCCGGCAUGGAAGUACUGAUUACGGCAAGGGUCGGUGAGCGUUUCUAUGACGAAAUUAUUGAAGGUUACGCCAUGGCACGUAUCUACAAUUCCUCAAUUAGGAUUGCCUUUCUAGGAAGCUCUCCCCAAGUAUUUAAACCAUCAAUGCCAUUCACGCUGUAUCUGAUCGCCGAGUACCACGACGGUUCACCGCUUCCGAUCAAUCCACUCUAUCCAGGACGAAUGGAAGUUUCCGGCUCGAUUGAUAGCCGCAGCGGCGGUGGGCGAGGUUCUUUCGAUUCCCGGCUGCUUCAGAUGUCCGACAAACCCGGCGUUUGGGAGUUGAAAAUCGAUUUGCGAAAUGAUCUGAACUUGGAAACCAACAAACAGACGAAUGAUUUUUUGAACGAAAUUCAAUCGAUGCGUCUGACGGCGAACUACCUAGAUCCCUCAGGAGAUCGGGCCUCUACAGAGCUGCUUCUGUUGUCACAUUUUUCGCCGAACAAUCAUAACAUCAAGGUUUCCACGAGUACCGUGGAUGCUAAAGUUGGCGAGUAUAUUAUUUUCCACAUUCAGAGUAACUUCUACAUCAAGGACUUCCACUACAUUGUCAUGUCGAAGGGAAUCGUUUUGAUAACCGGUCAGGAGAUUCUGUCCGGAGGCGUUCGAACGAUGUCGGUAACGUUGAGCGCAGAAAUGGCUCCGGCGGCAACGAUCGUGGUUUGGCAUAUUGGCCGGUACGGAAAGGUGAUUGCUGACAGUUUGACCUUCCCAGUGAAUGGAAUUUCGCGAAAUAAUUUCACUGUCUUCAUCAACAACCGAAAGGCACGAACGGGUGAGAAAGUUGAGGUGGCCAUUUACGGUGAGGCUGGAUCGUACGUUGGAUUGUCCGGUAUCGAUUCGGCUUUCUACACGAUGCAGGCAGGAAAUGAACUUACCUAUGCGAAUGUCAUUACCAAAAUGGCAACCUACGACGAGCAAACGAACGGAACAUUCAAGCAGACUUGGAUUUCGCACGAAGGUGAUCCCGAUGAGCUGGUGUACUAUCCUAGCUCGACGUUCGGAAUCGAUGCGAAUAGGACAUUUGAGUUUGCAGGAUUGGUCGUUUUCACGGAUGGGGUCAUUCCGAUGCGUCCUUUGACGUGUGAUCCUUCACUGAACUACAGCGAAUGUUUGAAUGGCAGAUGUUACCGCACCGAUAAACGGUGCGAUGGAUAUUUCGACUGCGAAGACGGUACCGAUGAAGCCGGUUGCGACGCACGGAACACUACGGCUUUGACGGAGUUCCGAAAGUAUCGUUUUAACAGAAUUCUUCGACACUAUCAGAACGUUUGGUUGUGGAAAGAUAUUAAUAUUGGACCGCACGGUCGAUAUAUCUUUAACCUGAAAGUUCCGCAGAUUCCGGCUCUCUGGAUGGUUUCUGCUUUUGGUGUUAGUGCUACACGUGGAUUUGGUAUGGUCAAGAAACCGAUAGAAUACGUUGGAGUACAGCCGUUCUUUAUUAACAUCGAAAUGCCUACCGUCUGCCGGCAAGGCGAACAAGUCGGAAUUCGUGUUGCCGUGUUCAACUAUCAAACAGUCGACAUCGAAGCCACUGUGUUUUUGCACAAUUCAUCCGACUAUCGGUUCGUGCAUGUUGAGGAGAAUGGAAUAGUAAGAUCCUACAAUCCAAGAACAUCGUUCGGAGAACAACAAUCCUAUGUCUAUCUUCGGGCUCAGGAUUCGGUCAACAUUUACUUGCCAAUCGUACCCACUCGACUGGGUGUAAUUGAAGUAACGAUCCACGCAUCGACUCUACUUGGAGCGUACCAACUAAGCCGGAAGAUCCGAGUAGAAGCGGAUGGUCUGCCACAGUACCGUCAUCAGUCUACUUUGCUCGAUCUGAGUAAUCGUGCCUACUUCUUCCAGUACAUGCAUGUUAACGUCACCGAAACACCGAUCAUUCCGUAUGAAAUCGAACGUUACUAUGUGUUCGGUUCCAACAAAGCUCAGAUUUCGAUCGUAGGUGAUCUGGUCGGUGCCAUUUUCCCAACUAUGCCUAUUAAUGCAACGUCCCUGUUGUCUCUGCCAGUGGAUUCCGCUGAACAAAACAUGUUCAGUUUCGCAGCAAACUUCUACACGAUUCAAUACAUGCGUGCCAUCAAACAACGUAACAAGAAAACCGAGAAACUCGCCUUCUACUAUAUGAACAUUGGCUACCAGAAGCAGCUAAGCUACAUGAUGCCAGACGGAUCAUUCUCUCUGUUCCGUUCCGAUUGGAACCAGUCGGCUUCCUCGGUGUGGCUUACCGCAUACUGUGCCCGCGUGUUUGCCGAAGCAUCCUUCUACGAGUACGAAAACUUCAUCUACAUCGAUCCGAUCGUUGUUCAGAAAAACAUUCACUACUUGCUCAAGCAUCAGAAAGAGGACGGAUCUUUCUGGGAAGUCACCUGGUUGCCGGAUCGAAAAGUCAACCAGUCGUCGGAAAAUCCACAGAACGAAGUCGUCCGGUCGAAAAACAUCACCCUUACGGCGCAGGUGCUGAUAACGUUAACGUCCGUGAAGGAUCUUUCGGGGGUACUAGGUUCGAGAGUGGCAUUAGCAGAGCAAAAGGCUUCCCGUUAUAUCGAACGAAAUCUCGGACUGAUCAAGGACUACGGUUCACCGUACGAGAUCGCCGUCAUCAGCUACGCGCUUGCGAAGGCAAAAGCACCACAGGCAGAACACGCCUUCAAAAUCCUAGCCAGUCGGAUGAGAACCAUAGCCGAUCUCGCUUACUGGGGUAACGACGAGGUGCCGCAGCCACCUAGCAAGCUGGAGAAUCAAAAGUAUUUCAAUCUACCCAGGCUACCGUACAAGUAUGACGCUAUGAAUAUCGAAACAACGGCGUACGCUCUGCUGACGUACGUCUCUCGACAAGAAACGUUCACCGUACUGCCGAUCGUACGGUGGCUUAACUCCCAACGUCUCACCGACGGUGGUUGGGCUUCCAGUCAGGAUACCGGAAUCGCUAUGAAAGCCCUGGGCGAAUACAGUACCCGGAAUCGUGUAGCCGACGUAACUUCACUUUCGCUUACCGUCGAAGCCACCUCACUGCCGGAACAGUCAAAGGUGCUACACAUCGGAAGACACAAUCUUGCCGCCAUCCAGAGCAUUGAGAUUCCAAACGCCUGGGGUACCGUGAAGGUCCAAGCAAAGGGUGUUGGCUACGCCAUUCUUCAAAUGCAUGUGGAAUAUUCCGUUGAUUCGCCAAAAUACCAAACCAGACCUCCAGUGCCAGCAUUUGAUCUGACAACUAGAACCAUUUUCCACGGCAGGAAUCAGUCUCAUAUCAGCUAUGUUAUCUGUCAGAGAUGGACCAACAGCAAAGAAUCCAUCCGAUCCGGAAUGGCUGUACUGGACGUAGCAGUUCCCACCGGCUACAUGAUUCAACAGCAAAAACUUGACCGAUACAUUCUCAGCAAGAGAGUGCGCAAUCUUCAGCGUGCGCGAUAUGAAGAGCGUAAAGUGCUUUUCUACUUUGAUUACCUGGACCAUGAUUACGUGUGCGUCAACUUCACCCUGGAACGUUGGAUGCCGGUGGCAAAUAUGUCCCGUUACUUACCGAUUCGAGUCUACGACUAUCACGCACCUGAACGUUUCAACGAAACCAUUUUCGACUCACUGCAAACCUACCUCUUGAACAUCUGCGAAGUCUGCGGCAGCUAUCAGUGUCCGUACUGUUCGAUUUACAACAACGCCUUCCGGAUUCCGGUUUCGAUUGGACUGCUGCUGGCAGUCGGUACACUGGCGGUAGCGCGACACUAUCGAAUAGCGAAUCCCAACAGUUGGAUCUUCUGGAAUGAUUAAUCGACGGCCGUUUCGGCUGCGUUACCCCGACAGCAAUCCCCCUGCCACGUGAUACUUUCGACGUGUAAAUAAUAAUUUGAAAUUUGCGGAAUCGAGAAUCUCCCCAAACAAGAGAGAAAGAGAAAGAGCAGCAUGUGACGACGAGUAAAAUGUGCGAUUCAGUUUUUGUUUUAUCUAAGACUCGUGGAACGUUUUUAUAGUAUUAUAACGUAACGUAGCACUUAGAUCCCGCAUGAUCCCAUCCAAAGUAAUUUCGUUGUCCUAAGUUGGGACAACCGAACCGAAAAGCAUUUUUGUUUGCUUUGGAAAUGCAGUAUGCUGCCUGCCGCGUAUAGAAAAGAAACACAUCAGUAAAAAAGUAAUCGAAUCGUUAACUGCUAGGAGCAAACAAACAGAGAGAACUAUGAUAGUAAUAGUUAUUGUUUUAUCUUUUUUUGUACUCUUCCGUUUAGUGCGAAAUGUAUUCGUUCCGUAGUUUUUAUAGAUUUAAUCUCAUGCAACAGAAAUCUUCAGGCCGUCCAAAUUAUCUGGUCAUAAGUUUGUAUAAUUUUAAGUACCUUUUUUAUAAUUUUAAAAUAGAUCGACGAACGAAGCCCAUCCAUGAAUGAAACUUAACUUUACAAAAUAAUUCUAACGGCAAUCUCUAGUGUUUAGUAUGAGUCAAUUGAGUCAUAACGCAUCAUCAUUAUUUCGUACUGUAGACUCUAACCAACCUUGUUUGUGAUCAGAUAUCUAGCCUACCCGGGAGUCGGCAUUUAGGCAAAUUAGUGACACAAAAAUGGACGAUACAAAUUGCCUUAAGUGCCUUAGCAUGAUCAACAAGCGAACCUCAGUUUGAGUGCCGUUUACUAAAAACAAUGCGUUCAAUUUCAAGAAAUAGAAAAUUUGUAUUUUUUGAUGAUAAUAAUAAUAAUGAUAAAAUUGCCGUAGGAAAGAAUGAUACAACACAGCAAAAGGUGGCAUUACAGCCUCAAAAGGGUUGUUACCGUAGAAAGUGAAAUAUUUCUAAAAAAAU